AUGGAGGCAUACUUGGAGAUACUACUAACGAUAGUGGACAAAAGAACAGGCGCAGCUUUGGCGUUCGUUCCGCGUAUUAAACAGAUGGCACCUAAUGAAAUAAAAGAAAUAUUAAUCGACAAGCCUGAGCAGUACAGCAGUAUAGGCGAGUUUUACGCGUACGUGGAAAGCGGGCUGUCAGUCAUUUCUUUGGUAGAACACAUCGAAGGCAACACGGCGGCAAAGUUGAAUUCGCUAGUUAAGAGCACGUCUAUCUUGAUCAAGGAUGAAAAAUAUUUCGAAUGGUUAUACAUACACGCCCUAGAAUACCAGUGCAACUUAAAGUGCAGGAAUGUCCCAUUCUACUUUAGCAAAAAUGACUGGUACUUUAGUAGAGACCUGAAUUACUUCUUCCCCCCCCGGGACCACAAUUUUUUGGAAAGAACUUUGAUAAUAUUAAAACCGGACGUGAUAGAUCAGAACAAGAUAGGUGACAUAGUUAACGACAUUUUGAAUUUUGGUUUGUUGAUCGUCGCAGUGAAGAGGGGCAUCUUAUCUGCGGAGCGGGUGCGCAGACUGUACGAGGGGUCGGCUGGGAAGCCCUACUACGAUGCCCUGAUAGAAUUUAUGACCUCUGCGAAGGGAAUAGUGUGCCUAAUUGUUGAGGGGAAAAACUGCAUAAGGCUGGCAAAGAUUUUGUGUGGCCCCUGCUCUUCUACGGUUCCCUUUGAAGACAUGCCGAGUGCGUGUUUGAAGAAGAAGUAUGGAACUUGCGCGAUGCGGAAUGCUGUGCACACCCCGAAUGAGGACAACAUAGACAGAGAGAUAAACCUAUUUUUUGGUGAAGAAAAUUUUUGCAGCGAAAAUGGCAUUUUGCUAACAAGAAGAGGUGCACUAAGUGGAGAGGACUUAAACGAUCUGAGAGAUUACUUGCAUGAUUACGGAUUCAACGUGUUGGAAGAGAAAAUAAUAUCGGUUGACGAGGAUAGUUUGAGAAACAUGUUUGAAGAACCCGGAAUGGUAGCCCCCAGUGUAGAGCCACAGACGCAGUACAUAAUCAUCACCCUUUCUAGGGUGAACUGUAUCACGUGUUUACACUACCUAAUGGGAGGGAGGAGCGCCAAGGAAUCCAAAUUGAAAAGGCCAAACAGCAUUAGAAGCAUGUUCAGCUUCGAUAACAAUGACAUUAUAUUCGUGAAGGAUAAAAAAAAAAUGAACAGUCUCAUUAGACAGUACUUUGUUUUCGAAAAAUACAACGAAUCGAUUACUGUCGACAUGGUAAAGAAUUUUUUGUAUCGGAAAAAUGUUACUUUUUAUGAGAAGGAAGAGGAAAAUGUCAAGUUGGGGGAGGUCCUUCUGGAAUGCUUUACCAAAAUGUGUGAGUCAAGACCGAGUGAAGAGACAGCCAUCAUGUGGCUCAGCGAGUGGCUUAAGCAGAAAAAGGGAGAAAUAAUGGGUGAGGUAAAGAAGAAGGAAGAGGUCGGGAAAAAAAUGGGACAUCUACACCCACUUGGGGGAAAGGACAAUGCUGGAGUAGCUCACGCAGGGGAGGAGGAGAAAGUUAAACAAAGUAGUAGUCCCCUUGGUAGCGGCCGUGGCAAUGCAGGUGGAGGAACCAAACGGGACGGUCCUAACCAAAUGAGCAUCUUGCAUAAAGGAGCCAAGGGAAACAAGAAAAUUUUCAUCAUACCGGAUAUUCACGACGGGGGGAAGAACACCCCCCCGAUUAGCGGAGAUAAUGAUGAGGUCAGGUUAAAAAUUAUAAAGCAUUUGGAGAGACUAGGGUACAUCAACUUAAAUUUCAGCGAGCUGUGCAUGAAGGAGGAGAAGAAGAAAUCCUUGCUGGGGAAAAAAAUAGAGUACACGAAAAGGAAGUACAGCAUGUUGACGGUAGAUUUGGUAAAGCGAAUUCUGAAGGAGAAUCUGGACAGGAAUAGGUCCUACUGCAGCUACGUGUUGACUGGUUUUUACGGCGUGAUUGAUUUGGUUUACUUGACGCGGGAGGAUAUAAUCCCCACAGCGUUCUGCUUGCUGGUUGUGAAGGGGGGCGCAAAUGUGGAGAGCGACGAGAUGGGGAGUGGUUGGAGUGAAACGCGGUGAAUGGGGAUAAGCGCACAACUGGACUCGUUCCUCUCGAUCCUCCAUGGAGGCGGGAAACACCUCAUAGAGCACUUCCUAAAUAAGGGGAAAAUACUGAUCUACCGAAAGGGGAAAAAUUUCUUUGACAACUUUGUUCAAAAUUUAGAAAUAGAGAUAGUGGUCCUUUUGGGAGUGAACUUGAAUCACCUGAAGAGUGAAAUUCAUUUUUUGGUGGAGUGUUACAACUACCUUUUUGUUGACCAUGUUAAGUUGUUUAACGAGGAGAGGAGGAAGAAACAGGGGGAAGAGGCAUGUGAGGACGGACUGGACUGUUCUUCGGCUCCCUCGGAUAGACUACUCUCCUUUCUCACUGAAAAAUUGAACUCUCUAAAGGAUAAAGAUUAUCGAAGAUUUAUCCUGUGCAAUUUUCCCCGUACUAUGCAGCAGAUGGAAAUGAUAAAAAAAAAGACGAAUGCAAAUUUGGUGGUGUUUUAUUUUAAUUGCCUGGUGGGUGAGAAUGCGGUUCAUUUGGAGUGGAAGGAGACUCAACAGGGGUUGCUUCAACUGGGGAGUAAUAACAGAAAUGGGGGUAGACAUAAAAAAGCUGCUCACUACAAAGUGGACAACUCUUUCGUCGUAGGGGAGGAGGGUGCUCAAAUGAGUAAAGGGGUGACAGUUCACCAAUUUGAUGUGAACAAUAAAGCAGAGAAGCUGUCCUCAGGGGUGUACCAUCUGUUUGAUCUGAUAAGUGUAGCAAAGAGGAGAGUGAUUCUAAUUUCUAACCUAACUUUGAAGAGUGUCGAUUUUAUUGGCCUAUACCUGCAGUAUGAGUACCCUCGCGUUGUCUUCUGUGACUUGAACUUUAUGAGUGAGGGGGAAUCAUCAUCCAGGGGGUACCCCAACUCCAUGCGGCGUCUCAUUGACGAUGUGUUUGACGAAAAUGACAGGAGUGGCAAAAAUCAGGAGAGAGUAAACCAAAUAGUAAGAAAAAUGAACCAGUUUGUGUCUAGGUUGAACGCGAGCUAUUUUGUAUUUGGGGGCUUUCCUAGCGACUUGGGGGUAGAGGACUUCCGAAAGUUGGAACUCUUUUUCGACAUCAAGCUGUGCAUAUUGGUGGUACCCGCCGGGGGGGAGAAGCCCGCCACGGUUGAGAAGCCCAUCCCGGUUGAGAAGCCUAUCACGAUUGAGAAGCCUAUCACGAUUGAGAAGCCCAUCCCCGUUGAGAAGCCCGCCACGAUUGAGAAGCCCAUCCCGGGGAGAAGCUUCGCGCUACGGACCACCCCACGGAGGGCGCCCAAGAAAAUGACCAACUGGAGGACGAAGAAAAAAAAAAUUUUGAAAAAAGUAGAGGACAGAAUUAGACCCAACCUGAUUUGCUACCACGCCCCUGACAACUAUGAUGUGAAGGAGUUUGUAAAAAGGAAAGUUGAAAAAAACCCCAACGGGGGUUCAUUUCACUAUUUGUUUUGUGAAGACGUGUUAAGAGAGUUACCUUCCAUCAUUGAAGAAAAAUCGGAAGGGUAUGUAAAAAAUCUAGCUGAGAGGAUAAAAGAAGAAAAGGAAAAAACGAUAAGCGAAAUUUAUUUCAUGUACUUGGAGAGGGUUGUAAAACAUUCAAGUAAAUAUUUAUUUGCAAAUAUUGUCUUGUGUGAUGUACCCUUGUGGACGAGUGGUGAGAAUGGUAGUAGUUGUGUUGAUACAUUUGGUCGCUUCACAAAUUUUAAGAAAGUCAUUCAGCUGGUUCACAGCGUGCAGGGGGAUAACUUGUUCGGGGGUGACGCCAGCGGGGUCCAUGGAGCGAACACUUGUGCGGUGCUAAAUGACGACCGGGUGUUUGGAGUCGCUUCGCCUGGGGGUAGCAACGUUGUGGGUAGCAAUGCUGUGGGGUCUCCCCUGGAGGGGGCGGAGAUGAGGGGUGAUGGAGACGAGGCAGGCAGCGAUCAUAACGAGGUGGGUAAGGCUGAUAACGAGGCAGGCCGCGUUGAUGAUAAGGUGGGCGGCGCUGAUAACGAGGCAGGCCGCGUUGAUGACAAGGUGGGAAAGGCCGAUGAGGAAGAGCCGAACGGCGGGGGCAAACCGAGGGGCAAGCCAAAGCGCGCGGACAAGCUGCGAAAGUAUAACCAAGCGGCGAGAGACCUGCGAGACGUUAUCUCCAAGAAACACGCUGACGUAGAAGUGAUGACCAUUUAUGUGAAUAAGGACAUGCCGCGAAAUGCGGAGAGUUUCUUCUGCCCCCAAAUCAUUAUCCUGUUCGUUCCUCAAAGCGAGAAGCUUCAGCUGCUUCUAUCAUCUCUGCUAUGUUUUCAUUUAAAAAAUUUUGCCUCCAUCAAUAUGGCGCAGCUGGUGCGUGAGGAAAUGGUGAAGGAGGGGAUAAGACGGGGGGUGGCUCGUUUUGAGGUGGAGAAGCCGGAAAAGGGCGGCGUCAGGGGUGGGCGUCACAGCGAUGGAAAUGGCAACCGCUACAGCGAUGGGAAUGGCAACCGCCACGGUGAGGGGAAUAGCCACCGCCACACUGAUGAGAAGUGUAUCGUCGACAGAGCUUUCGCGUCCCUGCUUGGUCAAAUAAAACGGACAGACAGAAACAUAUUAGUGACGGGCUUCCCCAUUGUUCAGAACAAAUACAGCAAAAGUGAUUACUUCGAGCAGUUUCGUUUUCUCAAGGCUUUUACAAUUGGUGGGGUGAUUUGCCUCUCGUUUGAUGAUAUCUAUUUGCACACUUUGGUGGAGGAUGUCAUGCCGGAUGGGACGUACGCUGCCAAGUACGACCAAGUGACGCAAAUGAUAAAGCUGGAGUUCGGCUGCAAAGGCAAGCAUAAGCAUAAAUUGUAUUUUUCCAAAAUAGCAAGCAAGGAGGAUUUACAGCGUGCUGUUGGAGAGAUUACGGAAGUUUUUUCUGGCUGA